CACAGAUUCUUACAAUCAACUAUACAACAAUUAAAUUAGCAACAAUAUAAAAUAUAAUAAAUUAUAACAAUAUGAGAUUUUUAAUUGUAACAAUAUUUGUAGUAUCAUUAAGUUUAGUAGUAGUUUUGGGUGAUAAACAAUAUCCAACAAAAUAUGAUGGUUUGGAUGUUGAUAAAAUUUUAUCAAAUGAUCGUAUUUUAACCAGUUAUAUUAAGUGUAUUAUGGGUGAAGGAUCAUGCACAACGGAAGGACGUGAACUUAAAAAAAUCUUACCCGAUGCACUACAAACAGGAUGUUCAAAAUGUAACGAUAAACAAAAAAUUACCGCACAAAAAGUCAUUGAACAUUUAUCAACAAAACGUUCAGAUGAUUGGAAAAAACUAACAAAUAAAUUCGAUCCAAAAGGUGAAUAUCAAAAGAAAUUCGAACAAAUGGCACAAGAAGAAAAAGCUAAAGAAACCUUAGCAGAAGCUGAAGCAUCAUCAUAGAUUUCAUUAUUCGCUCAUAUUCAUUUUGCUGCGCCAACCAAUUGUAAAUUAUUUCAAAAAAGCUUUAUUUUGUGCUUAAAUUAAUUGAAAAAAAUUUUUGAUUUUGAAGUUAUCC